AUGCCUGCUGGAGUCUCGUGGGGACAAUAUUUAAAAUUUAUGUCCUGUGCUGUAUUAUCAAUGAUGGCCGGUUCACAAUUGGUGCAUAUGUACUAUAAACCAUUGCAGGACUUGGAUGUAUACAUCGACAAAGAAGUUGAAGAGGUGUCAAAAACAAAAGGUGUAAAAUUAACUGGAAUAUCUAUUAAAAAGUCGGAUAAUAACAGUAAUGCUACAUAA